AUGAGUGAAACUCUCAGCCAGGACCCAGAGAACUUAGGUACUGGGUACAACCUGGCCCAAACGUACUCCCCGACACCCGCCACUCCCAACUCGACGGUACAGGAUGCUCCCAAUUCCAAUCUUCCACCUUUUUCCACGUUUUCAGCGGAUAUGGAUGCAACUUCUGGAUAUUCGUCGGAUCGUUUGUUCGGAGAUACUCGUUUAUUGGAUAUUUCAAGUUGGGAUUAUUAUGGGGAGGCCAGGUUGUUGGAACGUACCGAAAACGGCUUGACAGCAAUCUCUUCGCAACCCCAAUACAGACCCUGGGAAUCGAAGCCUGUCGAUUCGACGUCUCAGGAAUCUCUGCGUCAAAGUUUCACUCCAACAACUCCAAUAACAACAUUCGCGGACGCUUUUGCCCAAAGCAACAUGCCAAAACUUCCUUCAUUCCAGUCGCAGUUUCAGUCUUUUAACGAAACAUCCCCCGUUACCGCAAGCGAAGCGACCACGUUGACCACCUUAACCAAUCUAACGCCCGUUUCGCCUAAUUCUGCUAGUCCCGGUAGUCAUAGUUUAACAACCCUCAACACUAAUUUUCACACGUUAAGCGCGGUCAAUACACGAAACUACCCUCUGGUACCAGCACCGAUACAAGCCCGCGAAAUACCGUCCAUUCAACAGCAGUUUUUGGAUGAACGUCAUAUACAGCUGUACACCCAUCCCACAACUAGUCUUACCACCUUGGGUAAUACCAUACAUUCCGCUAGCAUAUUUCCAGCACAAAACGGCACAAUUAUACAAAACAGCCAACUGAUAACACCACCGACGGUGGUCACGGUACUCAAGUCUGAACCUGCCAGUAUGUCAGAGUUGAAGUUAGGUCAUAACUUGACAAACCUUCAAGAUACCGGGUUAAAGAUUCAGAACGUGAGUCUCCACCCGACCCAGUUUCAGAAUCCGAUGUCUACCGUGCUCGAUAAUAACGUGUUGUAUAACGGACUCGAUAAAAAACUGAACGGCAUGAACAAUGUGAUCGAUUCUCCGACUCGUAAUGAUUUCCGUAAGAAAGAACGUAGGAAAAUUCGCGCUAAUAGUAUGGAAAGUUCCGCGGAAAGUGACGGUGCCUCGAGCAACAUGGAAAUGGGCUCGGAGAAUUCGGGACAAGUUGCGUCCGUGUCUAGUACCGCGGGAUACAAGGGCCAUCCGUUGUCGGGCGGGGGUGGUCUUGACCACGACGAUAUCAGUGGAGGUAAUCCGGACAAACAGGUAAAAAAGAAACGGAAACGGUGUGGUGAAUGUAUCGGUUGCCAAAGGAAAGACAAUUGUGGUGAUUGUGCCCCGUGUCGAAACGACAAGAGCCAUCAGAUCUGCAAGCAGAGGCGUUGCGAGAAGUUGACUGAGAAAAAGGUUAGUCUUCAAUAA